CCAAACCCGAAACGAGAGAGAGAGAGAGAGAGAGAGAAGGGCGACACGAUCAUGGCGAGCCUCGGCUCUCCUUCCCUACCCGUCUCCAAUUCCCGUCCUCGUCCUCGUCGCAACCGCGGAGCUAGCCUCGACUCCGGCCGCAUGAAAGCCAUCUCGAUGCCGAAACGUCUCGCCUCCCCUCGGUUCGGUCCAAUUGGGUACCGCCACAUUCGCUGCUUAGCGGAUUCGCCGAAAGAGAUCGGCUCAGCGAAGCGACCGUCUGAUCUCGUGGUUGCCGCUGCCACCGCUCAAGAACCCGAAGUUCGCACCGGAAUGUGGAAUUGGCGAGGGUAUCGUGUUCGUUAUCAGUCUGCUGGAGAUACAGGCCCAUCAUUAGUUCUAAUUCAUGGUUUUGGGGCAAACAGUGACCACUGGAGAAAAAAUAUUUCUGUCCUUGCAAAAUCAAAUAGAGUUUAUUCAAUUGAUCUAAUUGGUUAUGGUUAUUCUGAUAAGCCAAAUCCACGUGAGAUUGGUGUGAAUUCGUUCUAUACAUUUGAGACAUGGGCAGAUCAGCUGAAUGAUUUUUGUGCUGAUGUGGUCAAAGAUCAAGCAUUCUUUAUAUGUAACUCCAUUGGGGGAGUUGUUGGCCUUCAGGCAGCUGUUAUGCAGCCUCGGAUCUGCAAGGGUAUCAUUCUACUGAAUAUUUCCUUAAGAUUGCUCCAUAUAACGAAGCAGCCUUGGUAUGGAAGACCUUUUAUAAGGUCAUUUCAGAGCCUUUUGAGGAAUACAGCUGUUGGAAAGCUUUUCUUCAAGGCAGUUGCCACGCCAGACUCUGUUAGAAGCAUUCUUUGCCAGUGUUAUCAUGACACAUCGAUGGUGACAGAUGAACUAGUUCAGAUUAUCCUGCAGCCAGGACUUGAACCUGGUGCCGCUGAUGUAUUCCUCGAGUUCAUCUGCUAUUCAGGUGGUCCUCUGCCUGAAGAAUUGCUUCCAAAAGUGAAGUGUCCUGUUUUGGUUGCGUGGGGUGACAAGGACCCAUGGGAGCCUGUUGAACUUGGAAAACUGUAUGCGGAGUUUGGUGUAGUAGAGGAUUUUGUCAUCCUCCCCGAUGUCGGCCACUGCCCACAGGAUGAAGCUCCAGAUCUCGUGAAUCCCUUGAUUCAAUCAUUUGUCGAGCGGCAUACACCAUGAAACACUUCCAGCAGAAAGUUUCCAUGAUGCAGGUCACAGUCCUUCAUUUUGCGGCGGUAUCCGCGAAAUCAAUUUAAUUUUUACAUGUGAAGUGAGCAGCCUCAAAAACACUUCAAGAUGAGAACUCAAAAACUUAAGACUGAAUAGGUUUGAAUCAGGUGAAUCUUUCAGCCUGAGUUGAUCUGGUUGGGUGAAGCUGAUGGCUCCUCCUAAUACAAUCGCUUGCUAUCUUUUCGAAAUAAUGUGCACUGGUUGUCAAUGAUACAAACAAACCUCUCCAAGUUCAAAACAUCAACCAAAAAGUUGGUGAUGAUGAUCUCAGUUGGUAAGGAAGAGCAUGACCUCCAUUUUUUUUA